UCCCCGCCCGCCGCCGCCGCCAUCUUGGCUCGUCCGCGGGUCCGCAGCCGCCGCUUCCCGGCAAAAUGUUUCUAACAACAGUAUUACUGCGGAAGAGAAUUCCUGGAAAACAAUGGAUUGGGAAGUACAGGCGACCAAGACAGAUUACCAUUUCAAUGAAGCAAGCAAUGAUCCGAAGGUUGGAAACUGAAGCAGAGAAUGAAUAUUGGCUCAGCCAGCCUUACCUGACACAGGAACAGGAAUACAAGCACAACGCAGAAGAGAGACGUGCGAAGUGGGAAGCUUUCAAAAGCCUGAAACAAGCCAAGUUUCCUGAGCACAGAUAUAUCAGCGAUCAUUUAAACCACUUAAAUGUGUCAAAGAAGUGGACAUGUUGAACAAUACAGCAUAUUUCUAUUUGACACAUGUCAUGUACUAGUCUUGGAUCUGCUGUCAUACCUAUUAUGGUAAUUCACUGUAAUUAGGGUGGGUGACAAAUCAGACUGUGCUGUGGUGUACAAAAUACAUUAAAAGUAGCUCUCUGGAACAGCGUAUGUUUUCUUAUUAUUGCUUUGUUAGAGAAGUUCUCUGUGUGACUCUCUACCUUCUGCCCAGCCUCUAUUCUUAAGGGCUUAAACAGCAAGUUACCAGGUGCAGUGGUGGUGAUAGGGGAACUAGAACUGCAGAAACGGGGAUGAGUCUGGAAUUCCUGGAAUGUUAUAAAAUGUUCCAUUUUUUAAUAAAGAAUUGUUGAUUUUAA